AGAGAGAGAGAGAGAGACGAUGAGCCAGGAGAAAGCAAGAGGAGAGCCAAAGGUUCUGCUCGAGGAUAUCGAGGAAGCGAAAUGGCCGAGAAGAGGGAGGAAGAAGGGAGCCGCCGCCGUGAAGCUGGAGGGCUACGUCGACGAAGGCGAAUCUCUGGAAUCCGGCGAAGAUGGAUGCCCAACUGUGGCGAGAACGAAGAGUUUGACCGACGAGGAUCUUGAGGAACUCAAGGGAUGCCUCGACCUAGGCUUUGGUUUCAGCUACGACGAGAUCCCGGAGCUCUGCGGCACCCUGCCUGCUCUCGAGCUCUGCUAUUCCAUGAGCCAACGAUUCCUCGACGAGCAGCAGCAACGAUCUACCGCGGGGUAUCACGCCGUCGGUUCCAUCUCUCCUGUUCGAGUUGCGAAUUGGAAGAUCUCCAAUCCAGGGGACCAUCCCGACGAAGUUAAAGCACGUCUCAAGUAUUGGGCACAAGCAGUGGCGUGUACAGUCAAAUUAUGCAGCUAAAAGUUCUUCUUCUCAAACCGAUCAUGGAUCUGCAGAGGCUUUCGUGCUUCGUACUGUAGAACUCUUUGGAAGCUGGAAGCCAUUGGAAGCUAAGUUUCUUCA